GGGCGGCAGCGGCAGGAAGCGUCCUGGGAGCCCGGCCCUCCGGGGGCUGCCGGCCGGGCCCGCGGCGGAGGAGGAGGAGGAGGAGGAUGCGCACCGGGCCCGGGUGCUGCGCGGCCCGCGCGCGGCGUGGCGGAGAGCGGCGGCCGAGGCGCACCGGGGCGCUCGGGGACGGCGCGUGUGAGGCGCUCUGCCCGGCCGGGAUGUGAACGCCGAGCCGAGCCCGGGGCCGCAGGGCAGGGCAGGGCGCGGAGGCGAAGCCCGGCAGGAAGGAAGGAAGGACGGACGGAGCAGCAGCAGCAGCAGCAGCAGGAGGAGGAGGAGCGGCGGCCGCCGGAGCCGGAAGGCGGAGAGGGGCCGUCCGUUUGGGCCCGAGGCUGCAGCGGCGGCGGCCGGAGUGAGAAGCUGCCCUCUGUGCUCUCCUCUCCCGGGCAGCAGCAGCAGCAGCAGCGUCCGGGGACCCGCGCCUCCUCCUCCCCCGAGCAAGGCCCGGGGUGGGGGAGGAGGAGGAGGAGGAGGAAGAAGAUGGAGACCCACAUCUCGUGCUUGUUUCCCGAGCUCUUGGCCAUGAUCUUCGGCUACCUGGACGUCCGGGACAAGGGGCGCGCGGCGCAGGUGUGCGCGGCCUGGCGGGACGCCGCCUACCACAAGUCGGUGUGGCGGGGGGUGGAGGCCAAGCUGCACCUGCGCCGGGCCAACCCGUCGCUGUUCCCCAGCCUGCAGGCCCGGGGCAUCCGGCGAGUGCAGAUCCUGAGCCUCCGCCGCAGCCUCAGCUACGUGAUCCAGGGCAUGGCCAACAUCGAAAGCCUCAACCUGAGCGGCUGCUACAACCUCACCGACAACGGGCUGGGUCACGCGUUCGUGCAGGAGAUCGGCUCCCUGCGCGCCCUCAACCUGAGCCUCUGCAAACAGAUCACCGACAGCAGCCUGGGCCGCAUCGCCCAGUACCUCAAGGGCCUGGAGGUGCUGGAGCUGGGCGGCUGCAGCAACAUCACCAACACGGGCCUGCUGCUCAUCGCGUGGGGGCUGCAGCGCCUCAAGAGCCUUAACCUCCGCAGCUGCCGCCACCUCUCGGACGUGGGCAUCGGGCACCUGGCCGGCAUGACGCGCAGCGCGGCCGAGGGCUGCCUGGGCCUGGAGCAGCUCACGCUGCAGGACUGCCAGAAGCUCACAGAUCUCUCGCUCAAGCACAUCUCCCGCGGCCUCACGGGCCUGAGGCUGCUGAACCUCAGCUUCUGCGGCGGCAUCUCUGACGCGGGCCUCUUGCACCUGUCGCACAUGGGCAGCCUGCGAAGCCUGAACCUACGCUCCUGCGACAAUAUCAGUGACACGGGCAUCAUGCACCUGGCCAUGGGCAGCCUGCGCCUCUCGGGGCUGGACGUGUCCUUCUGCGACAAGGUGGGGGACCAGAGUCUGGCUUACAUAGCCCAGGGGCUGGACGGCCUCAAGUCUCUCUCCCUCUGCUCCUGCCACAUCAGUGAUGAUGGCAUCAACCGCAUGGUGCGCCAGAUGCACGGGCUGCGCACGCUCAACAUCGGACAGUGUGUGCGCAUCACGGACAAGGGCCUGGAGCUGAUCGCGGAGCACCUGAGCCAGCUCACGGGCAUCGACCUGUACGGCUGCACGCGAAUCACCAAGCGGGGGCUGGAGCGCAUCACGCAGCUGCCCUGCCUCAAGAACCCUCCAACAGCAUCACGCGAGACCAUGGAGUUAAAGAAACCCAGAGACCUUUAUCAAGUAAUUGUACUGUUUGUGAAUUUGUAUAAAUAAUAACAAAGACCCUCUUAAAAACGUUUAUAUUCUUACAGUUAAAAAAAAAGGUUAAACUGAUAUUUAUAUAAUAAAGAGGAAAUAUGAAGUAUGUUUUUGAAAAAAAAAAACACACACAAAAAAAAACCCACAAAAAAAAAAAACACCCUUGUAUCUGUGAAUUCUUUGGAAAGAAGCGAGGGGGGGGUCACACCGAAGCAGGGGGGUCCCAGCAAAGUGGGGGGUCCCAGCGAAGCGGGCGGUGCUGACGGGAAAAGCGGUGGGGUGUGGGGUUUGGUGCACCCUCUGGGGUGGGCAAGCUCACAGUUCAACUUCCAUUCUGUGGACGCUCACGACUGACACCAAAAUGUUUUGUUUCUAGAAGUGUGAUUAGAGAUUUUUAACUUUUUUGUUUGUUUGUUUUAAACCGUCAACAACAUGGGCAUUUGAAGAGUCUAAUCAAAAUGAAACUUUUAAGAGAAAAAGAUUUUUUGUUUUUAAGAGUCGCAAUUUGCCCCAGUGGCCAUUUUCCCCCUCCCCUCCUCCCGUGGGUACAAAUGAGGCCUCGCUUGGGGCGAGGUGUGGAAGUGGGCUAGCCAGGUGGGUCUGUCCGCAUGCAGAAUGGGCGUGCAGAGGAGGGCACGAGGUUGCAAGGGGCUGCAGCCAUUGUUUGGGAAAGUUGCAUGCCAGAACUGUCCUGGCCGGGAGGGCCCCCGCGCAGUCAAGCGUGCGUGAUGUCACCGCGGGAGCGAGGGUCCCGGCGGGCAGGAGGAGGGCUGCUCCAGCCCCCUUUUUAACAUUCCCCUCCAGGCCUGGCCACCGAGGAGCGAGGAGCGCUCUCCUGGGAAGCCUGGCCAGGAGUUUGGCACAUUUAUAUUUUAAGCACUUUUCCUGCAGAGCCUGGGCCUCCAAGGCCUCCUCCGGCCAGGGCUCACAGUUUGGAAUCUGGGUCAGAUAAAGGAAUAUCAAACAGCUAGCUGAGAGUGUUCACUGGUCUGGCACCCCGAGGUUGGGCUCUGGACCCUCGGAGGGUGAACUGCCUGGUUGGUAUGGUGACUUUUUUUUAAGCAAAAACCGCAUCUGGUGUGAGCACAAGGUGGAGAGAGUGGGUCUGGAAUGUUCUGGAGUCGACCCUCUUUGCAGGAAGAGGGCUGGGACCCAGGUUUGUCUGUAGAUGAGUUUCCAAGCUCUCUGGCCGGAGCAGAUGACAGAAGCAGCAUUGUUCCUUUGCGGAGAGCCGUCACAAUGGGACCUAAUUGAGCCUGACACUAGAUUCAUCUUCCUUGGGGGAAGGUGUGGAUCUUUUCUUUCCGCUGCUUGGGUUACAGGACUUACUGCCUGAAAGGGAG